UGAGUAAAAUUUUUGUUCAAAUGAUUAUUUUUUGGUUGAAAGACAUUUUGUUGUAUAUUAAUUUUAUAUUUGAUAAUUUUCCCACAAAUUGAAAGUAACAGGUUAAUCGGGUAAAUUUCAUAUGCGGGUACAUGACUCGUAUAAGGAGAAAUAGUGAUUAACUCGUAUUAUUACAUUUUCUUUUCGUUCUGCUUUUUACUCUUCCUAAACUACGUCGUUUUAUUUAGCAUUAGUAAAUCUCGGCCAUACAUGCAUCUCAGCCAUCCAAAUCAAAACACAUAAAUUCAUUUAUUUUUGUUUUAUUAACCAAAACCCUAAAGCACCUAUGCGGCCGACAGCCGUCUACACCACCCACCUGUAGGUGCAGCCACCACCGUCUCCACUUCCUCUUUCCUUUUUACUCUUUUCUACCGCCUCGAGACAACCUCAUAACACCCAUAUUGGUAGUGGCCAUCGCCACAGCAUCAUAAACUUCCCAUCUCCUGCUGUCGCGACCACCACCGUUUUCACCUUACCGACCGCCGGCAUCAUCUCCUUUCCCUGUCUAUUCUGCCGGUCAACUUUAUUAUCCUUACAACUAGGAUCUUAUCCAAUGGUAAGAUAUAUUCUCAUUUGUUCUGAAUCGGUUUGAUUCUGAGAUUACCAGAAGACCUAUGCUUGUACAAUCUUUACAGAAUUUGAUUUGGUUUGGCUUACGAUGUUUUGCGAUGCAAAGAUAAGUCUGACAUACAGUAGUGUACGACCAUGCUUCAGUGCAAGAACUCAGUCCAUGAAACUCACUACAACAUUCUAUCUGUAAAAGAAGAUGCGAGCUAUGAAGAAAUCCGAAAUGGCUACAGAUUAGCACUCCUCAAUCAUCAUCCUGAUAAACUGCAAAACAAACAUCAAAGCACUGAUUCUCAAAAUCAGUUGGGCGAUAGAUUUUUGAAGGUACAAAAGGCUUGGGAAAUCCUUGGCAAUUCAAGGUCGCGUGCAGUUUAUGAUAGUGAACUACGAGCUUAUAGAAAAGAUACAGGAGUUGCAGAAGAUGUCAGUUUAGAAGACAUGAUGAUUGAAGAUGGUGGUGAAAUCUUGGAGCUCUUUUACCAGUGUCGAUGUGGUGAUUAUUUCUUUGUUGAUUCAUUGGAGUUGGCGGAAAUGGGUUAUACAUUGAUAAAGGAUGAAAAAAAUGUUUCUUUUGAAACAAAAGAUGAGUUACCAGCAGCAGUUAUUCUUCCUUGUGGUUCUUGUUCUUUACAAGUCCGUCUAUUGAUUAAUAUAGGUAUUGAGGUUUCAAUCAAUCACAGUAUGUAAUAUUUCGCAAAAUUUUAUUUUGCCAUUCUUUGCUUGGUUUGCUUAAAAGUAUCCAUCUUGACCCUGAAAUAAAAUUUCCAAGGGUAAAUUUUUGUUUUAAUAUCAGUUGCCUGUCGAUAGAAUAUACAUCUGUAAUUGACUGUUGGAGACUAUUUUUGUAAAAUCCAUGUGCAAACCAUGCUAUUCAUAGUUUAAUACAAUGACAGAUAUACAGGGAAGAUAUUCAGUUA